AUGUUUCGGAGAAAGAACACCCCACUUUUCAAUGCGAGCAAUGCCGAACAGAGAGAAGCAAAGAUCAAUGAAAUGAGAGCUGCAAUUGGCCUUUUGUCUGCCCGUGGAGAGAAGUACUGUAAUGAAUCAUGCCUGAUAAAAUAUCUAGAAGCCCGCAACUGGAAUGUUGAAAAGUCCAGCAAAAUGUUAGUAGAAAGUCUCAAGUGGAGGGAAGGUACCAGGCCUGAGAAUAUUCGCUGGCCUGAUGUUUCUGGUGAAGCAAAAACAGGUAAAAUGUACAGGGCAAGUUUCCCCGAUAGAGAGGGUAAAACCGUGAUUGUAAUGAGACCUGCAAAGCAGAAUACAUCGUCUCACGAAGGACAGGUACAGCAUCUUGUAUAUACCUUGGAGAAUGCAAUCCGUAGCCUGCCUGAAGGUCAAGACAAAAUGGUGUGGCUGAUAGACUUCACAGGAUGGACACUUGCCCAUGCAACCCCCAUAAAGACUGCCAGAGAGAGUAUGAGUGUCCUGCAAAACCAUUACCCAGAGAGGCUUGCAGUUGCAUUUCUAUUCAAUGCACCCAAAGUAUUUGAGGCUUCUUUUAAGGUUCUCAAAGUAUUCGCUGACAAGAAAACAAUCCAGAAACUCCACUUCGUGUACAAGGAGAAUGAGGAGAGCAUGAAGACAUUGUACGAGCACAUUGAUCCCGAAGUCCUUCCGGUAGAUUUUGGAGGGAAGACCAAUGUGACGUACAAUCAUGAGGAUUACUCUAAAUUGAUGACAAAAGAUGACAUUAAAACAGCAAGCUUCUGGGCAGAAGAUGGUAACUAA